CCAAAUUCACAUCUCCUAAAUCUCAACUACUACACUUUGAAGCAAAACUUUCAUUUCUUGAUAUUCUUUUUAGUCGAUUUAUUCAUCAAUUUUUUUCCUUGUUUGUCAUAUUUUCUGGCGAGUAAAAUGGAUCAAGAGAUAGAGAUUCCUUCUUAUUUUCUAUGUCCGAUCUCUCUAGAUAUCAUGAAGGACCCGGUGAUAGUUUCCACCGGAAUAACCUACGACAGAGACAGCAUCGAGAAGUGGCUCUUCACCGGUAAGAAAAACUCAUGUCCGGUCACAAAACAAGUCAUAACCGAAACUGAUCUCACACCAAACCAUAUUCUUCGCCGUCUGAUCCAAUCUUGGUGUACUCUCAACGCAUCCCACGGCAUCGAGAGGAUCCCAACCCCAAAACCUCCUAUCUCUAAAUCAGAGAUCGAAAAGGUCAUCAAAGAUUCUUCAUCUUCACAUCAAAACCAAGUCAAAUGCCUCAAACGACUUCGUCAAAUAGUAUCCGAGAAUACAGCGAACAAGAGGUGCUUAGAAGCUGCAAAAGUUCCAGAGUUCUUGGCCAGUAUUGUCAGCAACUCGGUAGAUAGUUACAACUCUCCUUCUCCUUCACUUUCUUCGUCGAAUCUCAAUGAUCUUUGUCAGUCAAACAUGUUAGAGAAUAGAUUUGAUUCGUCGAGGAGCUUAAUGGACGAGGCUUUAAGCUUACUCUAUCAUCUCGACACAUCGGAGAUGGCCCGCAAGAGUCUUUUAAACAACAAGAAGGGAACAAAUCUUGUGAAAACGUUGACUAGGAUUAUGCAACGUGGGAUCUACGAGUCAAGAGCCUAUGCUACUUUGCUUCUCAAGAAGAUUCUUGAAGUUGCGGAUCCAAUGCAGAUCAUAUUGUUGGAACGUGAGCUUUUCAACGAGGUGGUUCAGAUCUUGCAUGACCAGAUCUCUCACAAGGCAACGAAAUCAGCAAUGCAGAUCUUGGUGAUUAUAUGUCCAUGGGGAAGGAAUAGACACAAAGCUGUGGAGGCUGGAGCGAUCUCGAUGAUUGUUGAGCUUUUAAUGGAUGAGACUUUCUCAUCUGAGAGAAGGACUUUGGAGAUGGCUAUGGUGGUUCUUGAUAUGUUAUGUCAGUGCGCAGAAGGAAGAGCUGAGUUCUUGAAUCAUGGUGCGGCUAUUGCGGUUGUGUCCAAGAAGAUACUUAGGGUCUCUCAGAUUACUAGUGAAAGGGCUGUUAGGGUUUUGCUUUCUAUUGGGAGGUUUUGUGCGACGCCGGUUUUAUUACAGGAGAUGUUGCAACUAGGAGUUGUAGCUAAGAUGUGUCUGGUGCUACAAGUGAGUUGUGGGAGCAAGACUAAAGAAAAGGCAAAAGAAUUGCUUAAGCUUCACGCUAGGGUAUGGAGGGAGUCACCUUGUGUCCCAAGAAACUUGUAUGCUUCGUAUCCUGCUUGAACAGCAAGAUAGAAGAACCUACUUAUAUGUUUGAUUAAUUCUCAUCAGAUACAAACAAUUCUCUGGGAGUUAUUUUUAGUAUAAGUUCAUUCAAAAGAAACAAAAUAGCGUGGUUUAUUUUUUACCCAAGUUCAGAAUAUGUUUUGUUUUUGUAAUAUCAUUCAAAUGUAGAUAACAGUCGGGUGCUAUAUGAAAUUAUGAGAGGCUGCAAAGAAAUAAAUGGAAUCACAAGUUGCAUGGCUACAGUGCCCCACUUGCUUCUUCAUUAUUGUUAAAGGGUCUUUAUUUGUAUUCUCUUUUGUUCAUUUCCACAAAAAUAAUAGGAGACCAUCUCUUUCAUCUUUACAUUUGUAUUGAGUAGAUAACCUAAGAGAUUACAUCAUAGUUAUUUGAAGAGAUAUGUAUGCAUCAUGUGUAACGUUUCUGACCAUUUAUGUUCGUGGAAGUAAACAAUGCGAGUGUUGUAUGUUUAUGUC